GAAGGAAGGUGGGUGCUGCGCCUCUGUGUACUGUUGCUAUGGGAACGGGACGCUAACGGCGCAGGGCGGCUCUGUGAAUACCCCCCGUGGCGUUGCCCUGGAAAGGAGAAAGGCGGUGUCGGAGGUUCAGUGAAAUUUCCCGCUCACUUUGACCCUGUCUGCAUCAUGAAUGGAGAGAGGCCAUCCUCGAAAGGGUUGCUCCAGCCUCACGUCCAUUACUCCUUUUUGAAAACAGCCUCUGAAGGGUUAUCUCAGGACGAAUCUGAGUCUGAAAGCCUAGCUCAGGAAAUAGAGUAUCAGUUUGAGCUCCAGAAACGGAUCAAUAAAACUGAAGAGAUGGUAGAUCAGUCCUAUGAAGAGGAGGAAGCUGAAGAAAGCUUGGAGGAGGAUAGCCUAGAAGAAAAAUAUUUUAGUGGAGAGGAGUCAGAUGUAGAUGAAACACAUGUUCCAAAUGGAACCCACCAUGGAAAGGAAAACUGUAUUAAUGCAAGUGACAAAAAGAACGUUGCAGGUCAAUACUCUGAAUUACGCUAUAACCCCAACUGGAAGAAUGAUAAAGAGAGAACAUGCUUCCUUGGGUCCGACGACUCAUGCCCGGAGUGUGCUGAAAACUCUCCCACCCUUUCCCUGGAUUCAGUUUACAGUCCAUCCCAGUUUGGUCUCACCUACAGGACUCAUCCACGACAGGAGUCAGCGCGGAAUGUACCACCUGGUUUUGACGGAGAGUUCUUGAACUCUUGUGACCCCAUUGGAAAAGUCAUCCGUGGUGCCUACAGGGUACGAAAUAAAGAAGAAGAGGGGACUGCUUGCCGUGAUGAUAGCAGUCCUAGAACAAACAGUGACAGCUACUCUCCUCACAUUAAAGGAUAUAAAAAGAGAUCUGAACCUGAAACAGACUUUGUCGAAAAGAACAAGCUCACCUUGGGAUUAGCAGCCCAGCAGAACUGCUCUUACCUCCAGCUCCAUAGUAAAAAGCAAAAGGGAGGCCAUCAAGGACAGGCUCACCCGUGCAGAAAGCCGGACAUCAGCGGAAUAAACUCCAGCCAUGCUACAUCCGUGGGAGAAAACCCCUUCAGUGAGAUCAGCGUCCAAAGUCCUUUGGAAACCCAAGCAGAACUAAGGAGCCAGAAGGACAGAUGUCACAAUGUGUUAGAAUCUGAGCAUGCUCGUACCAGUUCUAACUCUUACAGAGAAGUAUCUGAUUGGGAACAGGAGAGCCGACAUUCAUUGCACCAUACUUUUUAUCCAAAUCUAUCUGUCGCUCCUCUCCAUCCUUCCAUCAUACAUAGUUCUAGCUGGGGCCAACAAUAUCCUACAGAUCCAAACUACAGUGUACAUCCAAAUGGCAAGCAACAAUCCAUGAGUGUAACCUUUGCUAGGAAUCCUUUGGAGCCAAAUCCAUACCCAGAUUUUCAAGGGCUUCCUUUACCAUCUGCUAGUGAAAAAAAGAAGAUUAACCGACGGAAACUUGAAAGCACUUCUGGAGCUAGCCAUCCGCAUCCGUACAGAUGUACAGUUUCAGAGCCUCCGUCUAGCACUAGACAUGGCAAGCAUCAGAACCCGGUAGAGCGUAGAAGUUUUUCACCAGCUUCCAAAGCUGGUUUUCCACCUCUAGUGAACAAAGACGUUUCAUCUGGGAAUCCCAGACGGAUUUAUAUAGAGAAGACCUCCAUCAGCCAUGUUUCUGAUAACUCACGGCUGUCCCAGCUGCCCGCUCACCGCUUGAUCCAAGCGGAUUCUCCAACCACCCGGCUCAUCCAGGCAGCGGAAGAGCAACACCUCAAAAUCUCUCGACUGGCCCAUGAUUACCUCGCUGGAAGCCAGUGCGCAAGCAUGCUCCCGCCCAUAAUGCUAAGGGGGGAGAGCGACUCCCGGCUCAACCUGGAAAGCUGCGAAGGGAGCCCACGGGUGUUGAACCGCAGCAACUCCGAAGGCUGCUUGCUUCAGAUGGAGAAGGAGAAAGAGAAGAAGGACAAGGAGAAAAGGCAGAGUUAUAGGACAAAAGGGUACGUGAAGAUGGAUGUGAAGCUUGGAGGUCUGGGUCCUGACUAUGAAGCGGUCAAAGAAAAAUCUGAAAAGGUGAAGCAGCAGAAGGAAUACGCCAGGCACAUUCAGGAAAACAACAUGAAGAACAUCGCAAACUCAAGAAAACCGCAGCCAAGACUAGAGAAUAAAUUGGGGGCAUCAAGGCAGAAGGCCCUAGAGUACGCCAAGACCAUUCCCAAGCCCAAACUCUUCGUAUCGCGGCCGUCGGAACCGGAGCCCAAAGAUGAAAGAAAUCUGGCACGCACUUUAAACGGAGAGAAUCUCCCUCCCAUUUCAUCCCUGGAAUCACUGCAGAACAGGCAUGAGAAGGAGAAGCAGGUCGUAGCUGCGUUCAAAACCCUGCAUAUCGUAUGAGGAUCCCAGUGCUGCCAGAGACACCACCCUCUCUCCAGAAGCAAAGAAGAGGCCCCUGGACUUCGCUUGAUAGUUGCCCAGAAUGCCAAAGGACCUGGUGGUGGUGGUGGAUGAUGAGUCUGAUGCAUGUUCUCAAUGUGAGAUGUUUUCCGGGUUUGCUGAGCCUUACUUAUUUUUAUCAGACAUUGUUGUUAAUCAUU